ACAUUUUUUUUUUUUUGUUUAGCAGUUUAACAUUGAAUUUCGUGUGAUCAUCAUCGUCAUGGAUGUGUACGACGAAUAACAUCUGCGCCGGGUCUCGCCUGUAUCUCCAGAAACAUUAUCAUUAGUAUUAUUGUUGUUUUUUUUUUUUUAUAGUAGACACGACAUAGGUGCCAGUUUAAAUAAAUUAUUAAUCGCUUUAACGCACGAUAUAUUAUAGUAUUAUAAUUACGACUUGCUGUGUAUAGUGCAUACUCGGGAGACGACCACAAACAUGCCUUAUUUCCAGGUCAAUAGAAAACUCCUGCUGAUGAAAAUUCACUAUUUCUUAGGAAUUGGAGGUUAUGCACCGUUUUCUCCAUUUUUGACGACAAUAUCAAAACAACGUGGUUAUUCUGCAUUUAUAGUUGGUUUAAUAUUCAUGCUACAACCAAUUCCUGGAAUGUUGAUAAGACCAAUUGUUGGUGCCGUUACAGAUAAAUACAAAUGUCGUCGGUCGGUGUUUAUUGCGAGUUCAAUAAUUACUUUUGUAUUGGUAUGUUUGUUAUCAAUAAUUCCUGGUACGACAUCAAAAGAAGAAAUGAACGAUUUAGAUGUAAUCAAGUCGCCACUGUUUUGGAUGUUUUUCACUACAAUUGCCUUAUUAAAUACAGAUGGAACGGUGAAAAGUGUUUUAGAGGACACGAUUUGUAUGGACUUAUUAGGCAAAGACAAACAUAAUUAUGGAAAACAAAGGUUGUGGGGAUCUAUUGGUUGGAGUUUGUUUGCCAUUAUUUCCGGUGCAUCUGUAGACUGGUACAGCACAGGGGAAGAGUACAAAAACUAUGCUCCAGGUUAUGUCAUUGCAUCGAUAUGUUUCCUUUUAGAUAUAUAUGUGGUGUUUAAGCUCAAGGUUGUGCAAGAAAAUGAUACCAAAAUUGUAGCUUCUGACGUGAAAAAAGUAUUCACUGAAGGUAAAGUAAUUGCGUUUCUUCUUUGGGUUGUUUUUAUUGGAUUUUUUAUAUCUUUCAUAUGGAACUUCGUAUUUUGGUACCUAGAAGACUUGGCAAACAAUUUCCAUCCGGAAACGAAAUCGUGGAUGAAGACUCUCCAAGGAAUAGCUUUAUUAAUCCAAUGUUUUGGUGGGGAAGUGCCGUCGUUCAUUUUGUCCAGCUAUAUAUUGAAACGUGUGGAUCACAUGACCGUAUUUUCCAUAGUGUUUUUCACAUUUACGUGUAUUUUUUUCGUGUACACGAUCAUCGAGAACCCUCUUUGGGCAUUACCAGUUGAAUUACUCAACGGCAUAACGUUUGCACUAUCAUAUUCAGCAGCGAUUUCGUAUGCGGCUCUUAUAACUCCUACAGGAGCCGAAGGAACGCUUCAAGGAGUCGUCGGGACGGCUUACACGGGAAUAGGUGCCCCAAUAGGAAGCUUCGUUGGUGGUUAUAUGUUUAAACAUAUUGGAAGUAUUGAUUCGUUUAAGCUAUUGAGCGUGGUUGCAUUUUUCACUUGUGUCAUACAAAUUACUGUCAAUUAUUUAUUAAAGCGUUUUUCUAAAAAUGAAGAAGUCAAGGACAUAUAUAGUAAAGUUGAAACUAAAGAUGACAAUAUUGAAGAAGACAUAGUUUUGACAUCCUAGUAUCCUAGUAUUAUAUUGCCAGAAAAUUAUUUUGUUAUUACUCAUAAAAAAAAUUACUGAAUUUUUGUGUUAUUUGUUCAAUAUUUUAUAGUUUAGAUUUUUUAACUUAAAUAGGUACUCACUGAAAAGUCUGGACACGAACUGUUAUAACUGGUAACAUAUUAUAGCAAUAAAUUAAAACAUGGUUUCUAGUAAUAA